AUGUCUUAAAAUCUUUAUUAUAUUUGCAUAGCAAGAGAAAAUACUAUAUUAUUAGAUUAUACUGAAGUUAUAGGAAAUUUUAGAUUGAUUGUAUAAGAUGUUUUAAGCAAAAUAUAAGCUAAUACUAUAGGUAUAUACACCUUUGGAGACUAUAAGUUUUUCAUAAAAUCAGAUAAUGAUAAUUUUAUUAUUUGCAUUCUUUGCUCUAUUUAAUAUGAACAAAGAGAAGGAUUGAAAGCACUUGAUUAAAUUAUGUAGAUCUUUAUUGAAAAGACUAAUUUUUAACAAAGAACUGAAUCCCUCAGCCAUUCUCUAGACAAAGUUCUAAAGAAUGAUGUAAAAUAAGUAUACGAAUAGUUUAACUCUGUCGAAAAUGAAGAAUAGAACUCUAUAAAUCAAGUUCUUGAAGAAAUAGUAUAAAUUGAAUAAAAGACUUUAAAUGAGCUCCUUUAAAGAGAUAGCAUUAUUGAACUGAGAGUAAGUAGAUUACCAAUUUAUGAUAAAAUUGAUUUUAAAGAAUCAUAUGACAUAUAAUACUAUUAAUGGUGGAAGAAUAAAGAUUUAUUGAUAGCUAUAACAAUUAUAACGAUUCUUAUAUCUUGGCUAAUUAGUUCUUCUGCUUGUGGUUUUGACUACUAGCACUGCUAUGAUUGA